GGAUUUAAUAACUUAUUGAACAAAAAAAAAAAGAGUGCGAGAAAUCAAUUUUUAGUAGUAAUUGCAUAAAAACGCGCCGUUUCAUAGUAAACCCUGGUUACACUCCUUAAUCCCUAGCACUUCUCCUCUGUUCUUUACACCAGCAAAAGCUGCAAAACCCCUGGGGGCAAGACUUUAACCAGCUCGAACUAAAAGUCUACAAACUCCCAAUCAACUAGCUUAAUCCCAGGUGAGUCCUCUCUCUUCAAUUACCUAUUUCUAUUGUUCACAACGAAACUGUAUCGAUCAAUGAACAUUUCCUUUCCCGAUAGACAGCUAUCAUGCAACUGGGUAUUUUCAGCUUAAUGGGUAUUUCUCAACGCGAGAGCUCAACGUUUUCCGAGCUUUCCCUGUUUGGAUAUCCCAAUCUGCUUGUGCAUUUCUUGGAUUUGUUGGGUAUUUUGAAGAUUCAAAAAUAAUGGGGUUGUCCCAUUGCUUACUUGGUGCUAAAAAUGAACUCUAUAGCUCUAUUGGGUACAAGAAUUGUUUAUAAAUCUUGUUAUAUUAUUGUUUUAUCGAGAAAAUUAUGUAAUGGUAGUUUUGAUAGGGAUAAAAUUGUUAGUGAGUUAUAUUAUUUGGAGGAACCCUUGAAGAGAAUGUGGAAGGGUUCCAGUUUUGACUCUGUUUUCGAUGAAAAUCACGAUGAUUUUGGGGGUUAUGGAAGCGGCCCUGAGGACCGUUUUUCAACGAGGCAAGGGUUUUUCGACAGUGGAAGGGAUGAUGCUAGGAAAAUUCUUGAGAUUUUACAACAAGAUGGGCCGGAAUUUGAUGCAAAAGCUGCUCUUAGUGAAAUGCAGAUGAGGGUCUCCGGGUUUCUCGUGAGAGAAGUUCUUGUGGGAAUUUUGAAGAACAUAAAUUAUGCGAAUAAGUCCAGAUGUGCAAAACUAGGGUACAAGUUUUUCGUGUGGUCUGGUCAUCAAGAAACUUAUAGGCACACUGCAAACUCGUAUCAUUUGAUAAUGAAGGUAUUCGCAGAAUGUGAGGAAUACAAGGCAAUGUGGAGAGUAGUAGAUGAGAUGAUCGAGAAUGGCUUCCCAACAACAGCGAGGACGUUUAACAUUUUGAUAUGCACAUGUGGAGAGGCAGGCUUAGCUAGGAAAGUUGUGGAGAGGUUCAUCAAGUCAAAGACAUUCAAUUAUAGGCCGUUUAAGCAUUCAUACGAUGCCAUUCUGCAUACACUUCUUGCUGUGAACCAGUACAAGUUGAUUGAGUGGGUGUACCAGCAAAUGUUAGCUAAUGGUUUUGCCCCAGAUACUCUAACUUAUAAUAUUCUUUUGUGUGCAAAAUACAGAUUGGGGAAGUUAGAUCAAUUUCACAGAUUACUUGAUGAAAUGGGUAGAUGCGGAUUUUCCCCUGAUUUUUAUACAUAUAACAUCCUUCUGCAUGUUCUUGGCAAAGGGGAUAAACCACUUGCAGCACUUAAUCUAUUGAAUCACAUGAAAGAAGUGGGAUUAAACCCAGGUGUUCUUCAUUUCACAACAUUGAUGGAUGGCUUGAGUCAUGCUGGAAACCUGGAUGCUUGCAGGUACUUUUUUGAUGAAAUGAUAAAGAAUGGAUGCAUGCCAGAUGUGGUUUGCUACACCGUAAUCAUUACGGGAUUCAUUGUGGCCGGGGAGCUUGAUAAAGCUCAAGAAAUGUUUGAUGAGAUGAUUGCCAAUGGACAACUUCCAAAUGUAUUUACAUACAAUUCGAUGAUUCGUGGUUAUUGUAUGGCAGGAAAGUUUGAGGAGGCAUGCUUCAUGCUUGAAGAAAUGGAAGCUAGAGGAUGUAACCCAAAUUUUGUUGUGUACAGUACCCUAGUGAGUCAUUUGCGGAGUGCUGGAAGGCUUUCUGAAGCUCAUGAAGUAAUAAGAAAAAUGGUUGAGAAGGGGCAAUAUGUUCAUCUGCUCUCAAAAAUCAAGAGAUACAGAAGAUGCUAGGUAGUAGAUUGUAGGAUAUAAAUAUUGUUUAUUGUAACUUAAUUGCCAUUAUACUCGUUGGUUCAGCUAUGCCAGCACCGCGUACAUGCUGUUUGUGAUUGAUGUCAAGGGAGUAGAAAGGAAAUCUCUCCUAACAGGAGAUAAGCAGCGUUUUCUCUUCCCAAGAGUCAAAAGAAAGUGAGCUGUUGGCUGGUGAUGGUAGUGCCAUUGGUGGUGAGCUGGGCAGUGGUCACAUGAAGGUGACAAUGGCAGUAUUGCAGUGGAGCUUGAUUUUUCUGGGAGAGUUUCAGUGACAGUGAAGUUGAUGUUUCUGAAGAAUUAAAGAGGUUCAGUUUGCUAAUCUUGAGACCUUCAAUUCCCAACUAAGAAAUGUGACUUAUGAUUCAUCAAUUGUAAGAUUUGAUUUCUUUCAAAGAACUCUAAUGCGGUAAAGUUAUACAGUUUCUAAGUUAUUUCUUUGUUAAUUAUGGCUUCCUUUUCUUUAGGCCGGCAUUUUCAGAAGAUAUGCCUAGAUGUUCCUUCUUUACUUUUAUUUGCUCCUCCCUGUCAAGAUCUGUAUCUGAGUCAUAUGUAGACAUGCACAACUUUGUUCAUUAUCAUGUUGUUCAUAGUCAAGUCUCUUAAUUCUCUCAGAUAUUGUCUGAAACUGAAAAAGAAGAAAGGUUGUUUUUCAUUGAGAACAUAGAGAAUGUUGUUUUCAUUGGAGGGCGAUUAAAUAAUAAUUAUGCUCUUCUAUUUUCUUGACAUGCAGAUAUCAAAUAUUCCAUGCAUGACUGAGGAAUUUUAGCCUAUGCUGUUCCUAUUUUUGCAUCUCAGAUUCGUGGUCAUUGUGGAUCAACUCAAAAGCAGCCUGGUUACAUGGAACAUUGCCAUUGAUCCCUGGGGGAGGAUGUUGGCCUCAAUUUGGCGAUGAUAUUUCAUCACCAUCCUUCAUUACAAGUGUAAAACGUCUCACUUGAAUAAGGUUUUAUUCUUUUGGCUUUAGGUAUUGCAACAAGGAAGAAGAAAUGUGCGGUUAGGUUGAACAGAAUGGGGGCCUUCAGGCUCCUACCACAUUAACUGCUUUUUGACUUUGUUUCCCUUAGAUUACAUAAAAGCGCUUGAUGCCUUUGUGCAAGCAUCUACAUUGCGAUAUUUGGCCGUCCUCAAGUUCAAUGCUCUAUCCUCGUGUAGUCCCAAGCUUUGAUUUGGAGAAGAUGGAAGAUACCUCGUUGUAGUUGACUUCCAGGGAUUUGGUAAGAUUACAAGGAACCUGCUCAAAGGUUCAUAUAGCUAGCUUUUACAAGGAAUAGCCUUUUAUAUUAUUGAUCUCCUUUGAGCUGGUCAUUCUUUUUGGUCUUUUUCACUCUGCUGAGGCCCAGAGUGACAACAAUAAUAAGACGUGUUCAUUCUAGAGUAUGUAGCUAAGUUUGGGUUUUCGAUGUCUCAAUUUCUCCUGUAGUAAAGGCAUAUCAUUGUUUCUUUGGGAUGAUGAUUUAUUACUUUACAGGAUUGGAUAGGAAGCAGAUAUCUUUCUUGGUUUGAAAACCAGAGUCAUCACUGUCACUCAUUUUACCAGAACGACAUUGCAGGCUGUUGUUAUUCCUUGGUGGUAACGUCAUUAGCAUUUUGACUGCCACAUCAUCGGUGCUCACACAUGGCUUCAAAUAAUCACAACUCACACUUCGCUAUGGCUUCAAAUAAGAUAAACACAACUCACACAUGGCUUCAA